AUGAAUAACUUGGAAGAACAUCUUUUCAAUUUAAAGUUCGCCGCCAAAGAACUCCAGAGAAACUCCAAGAAAUGCGACAAAGAGGAGAAAGCGGAGAAGACCAAAGUCAAGAAAGCCAUCCAGAAGGGAAACGUGGAAGUGGCAAGGAUCCAUGCUGAGAACGCCAUCAGACAGAAGAACCAGUCGUUGACCUACUUGAGGAUGAGUGCUCGGGUGGAAGCGGUGGCCGCAAGGGUCCAAACUGCUGUUACCAUGAACCAGGUGACAAAAUCUAUGGCUGGUGUGGUGAAAGGCAUGGAUGUUACUCUCAAGUCCAUGAAUUUGGAAAAGAUUUCAGCUCUCAUGGACAAGUUUGAGCGCCAGUUUGAGACGCUGGAUGUUCAGACGGCGCAAAUGGAAGACACGAUGAGCAGCUCCACGACACUGACCACUCCACAAAACCAAGUGGAGUCUUUGUUGCACGAGAUGGCGGACGAAGCAGGGUUGGACUUGAACUUGGAGCUCCCUCAGGGGCAAACGGGAUCUGUGGGCACCAGUGUGGCCUCAGCAGAACAGGACGAGCUGUCUCAAAGGCUGGCAAAACUCCGAGAUCAAAUGUGA